AUGUCGACGUCUAGGUGGAGAUUGGGAGGGCGAGCCGUGCCUUCCGGUGUAUCGAUCACGUUGAUCGCGUUUGUCGUUGUAGACAGUGUCCCGAUCACGAGAGCUCCUUCUGCGAUCCCUGACUUCGGCUGCGUCCACGGUGGGUAUGCGAGCGUGAAGGCCCUGAGUCUUCGUUUGCCAUUGCGAUCGGCUUGUAGUCUCGACCGAAAUCGUGCUACACAGUGUUUGUAUGGUGGUGCGCGGGGCGCACUCGCAGCAGAUCCACAGGCAAAUUUCUCGGUCCAUUGGUUUGUCGGCAUGGGGAAGUACUAUUGUGACUACUGUGAUGUCUUCCUCGUCAGUGAAAGCUCUGGUCAUGACAAGGCUCAAAGUUAUAUCGAUGAAUUCACACGAUGUUGA